GGGAAUCAGACCCCAAUAAAAUACCGGUCAACUGUCCCUCCCUCCAUACUAGCGAAGCUUAGCUACUCAGUCGCCUUCGGACCUUUCCUAGCAUUUGGUAUUUGGGUUGGUUAAGAACCUCUUCACGUAUCUAAAACCAAAAGACCAAACACAAUAUCAUUCAUCUAGCUAUGAAACUAUUACAGCAGCCUAAUCUGAGUGUCCAUGGCAAGAAGCAUACGUGAAGCUAUAGCAAAGAUGACGCAACUGGUGUGCCGGAAAAUCGUUCACAUAAACUUCCGGUGGAGUAUUCUAGACAGGGUCUCGAUUAUCCGGGAGUUUUUCCGGUUCAUUUGGGAUAAAAUUCUUGUUUGUUCGGUCGGGAAGCAGAGAAUCCGGUACCGGAGAUUGUCACGAGGAGGGUCUACGUCGCCGCCGCAGGAGGCGAUAGAGGGGGGUUUGCCGACGACUAGUAGUUGUGAUGGUUAUGAGAGUAGUGAUGCGGAUUUGGUGAGGUUGAAGAUCAGCUUGUUGGGUGAUUGCCAGAUUGGAAAGACAAGCUUUAUGAUUAAAUAUGUCGGGGAUGAGCAAGAAGAACAAAGAUUUUUGGAGAUGACAGGAGUGAGCCUAAUGGAUAAAACACUGAUGGUUCAAGAUGCUCGGAUUUCCUUUAGCCUUUGGGAUGUUGGAGGCGAUAGGAGUUCGCUUGGUCAUGUUCCGAUUGCCUGUAAAGAUGCAGUGGCGAUUCUGUUCAUGUUUGAUCUUACUAGUCGGUGCACACUCAAUAGUGUCGUUGGAUGGUACAGUGAAGCAAGAAAAUGGAAUCAGACAGCAAUUCCCAUACUAAUUGGGACAAAGUUUGAUGAUUUUGUGAGACUCCCUCCAGAUCUGCAAUGGACAAUAGUUACCCAGGCCAGGGCUUAUGCAAAAGCUAUGAAUGCGACCCUUUUCUUCUCAAGUGCAACACACAACAUCAAUGUGAACAAGAUUUUCAAGUUCAUCUUGGCCAAGCUAUUUAACUUGCCAUGGAAGGUAGAGAGAAACUUGAAUAUUGGAGAGCCCAUCAUCGAUUAUUAGGAAACUUGAUCUUCAAGUUCAUCUACUACUUAUCUGUUUGUGAUUCCAUUUGUACAUAACUGAGAAAAAGAAAAAGAAAAAGAAAAGCAAAAGAAAAAAGGAAAAGGGAAAAGGAAGUUUUUUCAAUAUUCCAAUGAAUAAUUGACCACCCAACAAUAAGCCGUAUUUUCUUGAUUUAUUCUU